AGAAAAGUCAUGGGAGAUUUUGGAGAGACUUUAGGAAGAAUCUUAUGAAACAUUGGAAAUGGUUCAUGAGGAAAGUUGUGGAAUCUUCUCUCGAGAGGUUUAUAAGGCUUGUAGAGACAAUUUAUAAGAAGCAGCUGGAUCUCACAUUUGGAAAGGUCCCUGGCCCUUCAUGUGAAAACCUCUGUCCUUCCUGGUAAUCAUAUAGUAGAUAAAGCACCUCACUGCACUAGUGACAAUCCUGUAACCUAGAAGCCAAGUAAAGAGUGGUCUUCGUGUUUAUUUGGAGUGGAAAUUUCAGGGUAUUAAAUCUUGGAGAAAUGGCUUUCAAUCAUUUGGAUACCAGAUGCCUAUAUAUUCUUCUUCUUUGCACAGCAUUUGGCUCUACUUCGUCUUCAAAUGCUGAGAUAAAAGUUAAUCCUCCUCAGGAAUUUGAGAUAGUGGAUCCUGGAUAUUUAGGUUAUCUCUGUUUGCAAUGGCAACCUCCACUGUCUUUGGAUAAUUUUAAGGAAUGCACAGUAGAAUAUGUAUUAAAAUAUCGAAACAUUGGUAAUGAAAACUGGAAGACCAUCAUUACUAGGAAUCUACAUUACAAAGAUGGGUUUGACCUUAACAAAGGCGUUGAAGCAAAGAUACACACACUUUUGCCAGUGCAGUGCACAAACGGAUCAGAAGUUCAAAGUGCAUGGUCAGAAGCUAUUUACUGGAUAUCACCACAAGGAAAUCUGGAAACUAAAAUUCAGGAUAUGGAUUGUGUAUAUUACAACUGGCAAUAUUUAUUCUGUUCUUGGAAACCUGGCAUGGAUGUCCAUUUUGAUACCAAUUACAACUUGUUUUACUGGUAUGAGGGCUUGGAACAUGCAUUACAGUGUGCUGAUUAUGUCAUGGUUAAUGGAAAAAAUAUUGGCUGCAGGUUUCCCUAUUUGAAGUCAUCAGACUAUAAAGAUUUCUACAUCUGUGUUAAUGGAUCAUCAGAAUCGCAGUCUAUCAGAUCCAGCUAUUUCAUUUUUCAGCUUCAAAAUAAAGUUAAACCUUUGCCACCAAACUUCCUUAGUCUUACUGUGAAGAACUCAGAGGAAAUUAACCUAAGAUGGAGCAUGCCUGAGGGACCCAUUCCAGCAAACUGUUUGAUUUAUGAAAUUGAGUUCACAGAAGAUGAUACUACCUGGGUGACUACCGCAGUUGAAAAUGAGGUAUACAUCACAAGAACAGCAAAUGAAAGCCAGCAAUUAUGCUUUUUAGUAAGAAGCAAAGUGAAUAUUUAUUGCGCAGAUGAUGGAAUUUGGAGUGAGUGGAGUGAUAAACAAUGUUGGAAAGGUGAAAUACUGAAGGAAACCUUGGUAUUUUUAUUGAUGCCAUUUGCUUGUAUCUCAUUAUUUAUUCUGUUAGUAACUUGUCUGCUUUUGUAUAAGCAAAAAGCUUUUAAGAAAAUGAUUUUUCAUACAAAAAAAGAAGUCUUUUCUCAUCAAGAGACACACUGCUGAGUCAGUAAUUUCCAGUCUUAUGGCCAACUGUUAAUUAUGAAUCAUUAAAUUGUACUUUUUCUCAAAUGUUGAAUAAAUAUUACUUUA